GAAUGGACGUAAAGGGAAAGGAGCAGCAAAAAGUAUAGAAGAGGAGUUUCCUGCCAUUGUAUGUAACAGCCAACUACUUGGUUCCUGUUUCGUUAUGUCAUAUGGAGUUGCAGACAAAGAAAAGAAGAGAGGGAAUAAAAGAAAAAUAAAGCAUCCUCGUUGAUCAGCUUAGAAAUUACAGGAAACACAGCAUUCUAGUAAGUGGGCAGUUGUUUCUUUGCUGGACAAAAACAUGGGACAGCCAAGCCAAGCUUUGUCUUCACCGAUUUCCCCACUUCGUAACCAUCGUAUAUUCCUUGAGAAUUUUAAACAUCUUGCUUCAUUUUUUUCUCAAAUUCUUCUUGUCUCUUACUUAGAUUCUUCAGAACUUGUUAUAUUCUUCGCCGUCGAAAUAUUUCUUUUACAUUGUUCUUCAAUUUCCUACACUUUUCCACAAGCUAUACAAGGAGAUUACUCUGAAUUCUUACUCUAAGAACAAUGGGUACUUCAAUGAAAAGUACCUCAUUCAGAUAUAACAGAGCCUCUCAGCCCUUUGCUUCUAAUCCCUUGAAGCAAAGGCGAAGUGGUUAUGAACCUUCUGAUACGGAAACAGAUUGGCAAGAAAGUCCAAAUCGUGAUCGGAGUCACACCAAUGGAGCUUUUGGUCCUCAGAGUCCAAAAAUGGACUUGGUUUUACCAAGAAACAUCAGUCCUGUGAGACAUGGCUGGAGACUUUCGCCAAGACUCGAUGAUUCUUCUCCCAAAAAGGACUCUACGACCAGUCCAAGUCGGAGGAGGCACAGCAGCAAAUCGCCCUACAAGAUGCGAAAGGAAGAUGGUAGAACCAUUUCAGCAAUGUCGGUUCGUAGAAACGUUAGUCCAUUCUCAAAAUCUGAGCACAGAAGGCAAGUUUCUUCUUUUAAGUCUGCAAGAGAGGAGCAGGAUUUGUCUGAUAACGAUGAGAUUAUAGACUCCAGCAGAAGGAAGAAUCAACGAACGCCGGGCAGAGAGGAAAGAGGUUCUAUCUCUCAGUUUGGUGAAGUUAGUAGAGCGAGCGAGCGCUCGAGCCAUAGUCGUAGAUCAGCAACUGCACCGAGAAUGAGGGGUCGGGUAAAGGAGCAAGAAAAUAAUCUUGGUCCCGGAGAACAAAAGGAGGAGAGAGCACCAUCGUCUUUCUUGAGGACCACGACCAGUAAACAGAGGGAGAGAGAAUCAUCUCAUCCUAGAACACCGACUGUUGGUGAAAUCAAUGAGAUGGUUGCUAAUAUUAAAAUGUCCAGAAGUCCAAUGCUGAACGCUCCAAAUUUUGAAAGCACAGAGUCUAUCUCACCCGGCGACAUCUUCUUUUCCCGUGAUCACACAGCCUUGACGAUUCAGAAGAAGAACUUGCCAAAGAAUGGUAAUGAUAAAACCAAUCCAAUUCCAAGGCCUACAAGGUUUACCCAGAUGGAUUCUGCUGGUCAUCAGGUAAGCACAAAUAAUAAUAAUACUGAAAAUAAGUCAUCAAGAACUUUGAUGAGUUCUGGUUCACGAACUACUACGAUUACCAGCUCUGCUCUAAGUGGGCAUAGUGGAAAGUUUAGCAGUGAAAGUAGUAAGAUAAGCGAUACAAGCAAGACAACAAGUGUGAGCUCGAAAAGGUUCACGGAAAAUAGGAAGAAGAGCCAAGCAGAUGGUUGGUUUUCCUGUAUGAGAAGAGGGCCUUGCAGAACCAGAAAAUCACCUGAAAAACAUCACCUUGAUGAAGUCUCGUUCAUCGAGAAGGCAUUUGUGGUCGAAAGCUUGAGACAGUUUUGGGCUGAUAAACAUCAACCUAGUUCUCUCAGUGGAUUUAUUUGCCACAAACAAGAAGCUCAACUUCUCAAGCAACUUGUUUUUCAUAACAACAUUCCUCAUAUUUUGUUGAAAGGACCAUCUGGUUCUGGGAAAAGAUCAUUAGCAAUGGCUCUUCUGUGUGAAAUAUUUGGUGGGGCAUGUCGAAAUAUAUCACAUAAUUUAAGAUAUUUCCAGGUUCAGGAAGAAAGGGCAAUGCAAGUAGCUGUUCCAAUAGCAUCCAGUGCUCACCAUCUGGAGCUCAAUGUAAACCUGGAACCAAAUGCUAAACAUGCACUGAUGAGUUUAGUGAGGGAAAUAAGCAACAACUAUGCUCUUGCUCCUGAAGUCAGCAAUGCUACUUUUAAGCCAGAUUAUAAAGUACUAGUUCUUUAUCAGGUUGACAAAGCAGCUGAGGAUAUUCAGCACUUGAUCAAAUGGAUCAUGGACUGUUAUACAGAUGCUUGUAAACUCAUAUUAUGCUGUGAAGAUGAUGCAGACAUCCUAGAACCAGUGACCAACCGCUGCAGAGUUAUUAAAGUUGAUUCUCCUGUUACUCAUGAAAUCAUGGAGGUCCUCAUUCAGAUAGCCAGAAAGGAAGAGUUUGAACUACCGAUGAAUUUUGCUGCUAGGAUUGCUGCCAAAUCAAAGCAGCACCUGAGAAAAGCAAUCAUGACACUUGAAGCAUGCAAAGAACACAACUACCCUUUUGCUGAUGAUCAACCGAUUCCAUCCAGUUGGGAAGAAGUCUUGAUAGAACUUGCAGCAGAAAUCUUAAGUGAUCCUUCGCCUAAGAGAUUGUUCAUGGUAAGGGGAAAGUUUCAAAAGCUUCUUCUGGAUUUUGUACACCCCAAGCUGAUCCUGUUGGUAAUGCAUAUGAUACGUAAGCUGGAAGUAUUCAUCUUUUUCAUUCUUUUUCGCAUUUCUGAUGGAUUUUUGAAUCCUACAAGCAGAAACUCGUCGAACAAUUCCUUAAAGGAGUGGAUGCUAGCUCAAAAAGGGAACUUUAUUACUGGCAUGCUUAUUAUGAAAAGAGGAUUCCAACAGGAUCAAGUGCUUUGCUUAAAUUAGAAGAAUUUGUUGCCAAGUUCAUGAGUUUACACAGAAAGCGUUUCAGCAGUCGGCAGAUGGAUAGUUUCACAUAGAGAUAUCAUAUGUGAUCCCAAUUUCUACAUGCAUGUAUAUAUGUACAUGUUCAAGUGAUCUUGUAAGGUUUCUGCUUGAUAUUUAAAACAGCAGUUCAUUUUAUUUUCUUGAAAAGAGGAAAUGAUUUAUUUUUGUACGUAAAGCUGCACUGUAGCACUUGUGCGAAUAGUGGCCUUCAGCUGGAUUUGAUUUCUUGUAAAGCUGAUAAAUGGUAGCUCUGGCAGGCAGCAUCAAGGGCCCUGAUUACAUCAGAGCCUCCAAGUGAAUAUCCUGGUGUUUUGUCUUCGUCUUCUUUGGUGACGUCCAUUUUGGUUUGCUUUUGUUGCCACAGAUAUAUCACAAUAGCUCGAUUGCACCAUGCUAAAAUGCACAAGACGUUUCCUGAAA